AUGGCAGUCGUAGGAAUUAACGGAUUCGGAAGAAUAGGGAGAAUGUGUCUUCGCGCUUGUCUGGAGAAGCGCAUUGAAGUAAGAUUAAUCAACGACCCGUUCCUUUCAACGGAAUACAUGAUAUAUCUUUUUAAACAUGACUCUACGCACGGACCGUAUCCUCUAUCUUUGGAGUGCGAGGACGAGUACAUAGUUAGUGGUGAGACAAGAAUUGCAACGUCGCAAGAAAGACAACCGCGGAAAAUACCAUGGAAAAGCAUGGGAGUGACGUACGUUAUUGAAGCAAGCGGGGCAUUUACGACUUUAGAGAAAGCAAGCCUACACAUUGAUGGCGGCGCGAAGAGAGUAAUUAUCACCGCGCCGUCCGUGGACGCGCCAAUGUUGGUUUUCGGAGCGAAUCACACGUGUUACAAUCCGAAGAAAGACGGAGUUGUGUCCGCCACGUCUUGUACUACGAACUGCGCGGCUCCAAUCGUCAAGAUCAUGCACGACAACUUCGAGGUUCUCGAGGCGAUGAUAACCAGCAUACACGCGGUGACAGCUUCGCAAAACACUGUGGACGGCCCGAUAGAGAAGCUCCGGCCUACCACGUUAUGGAGAGACGGCAGAGGCGCGCUCCAGAAUAUCAUUCCGACCGCAACCGGCGCCGCCAAGUCAUUAGCCAAAAUUAUCCCUGAACUCAAGGGCAAGAUUUCAGCCAUAGCGUUCAGGGUACCGAUCCCCAACGUCUCAUUAUGCGACAUGACAUUCAGAGUUAAUAAACCUACAACGUACGAAGAGGUGAAGGAGGCGAUGAAAAAAGCAGCAAAUGGGCAUCUGAGAGAUGUGCUGGGAUACACGGAGGACGAUUGCGUGUCAUCAGAUUUCAACCACACGACCUAUUCUUGCGUGUUCGACGCCAAAGCAGGCAUUCCACAGACCAGCACUUUUAUUAAGAUCGUUGCUUGGUACGACAAUGAGUACGGCUAUUCACAUCGUAUAGCCGAUCUAAUACAAUACAUGUACAACGCCGAUUCCGGUAAUGUUCCUGUAACCGGACAAACUAUCGAACACGAUGACGAUUAA